AUAGCGUUUUAUAUCGAAGUAAGUUUAAAACUUUUUACAAACUCAUACAGUAAAUGGUAUUAGUUGAUCUAGCUGUCAAAAGAACCUUAAUAUGCGCAUACGUAUCAACACAUUACAUCACUGCGCCUGCUUGCAUCAUUUGCAUACAGCAUUAAAUAUUGCCAUCCACAUGAUUCCCACUUUUGCAAGUCAACCAACUUUGUGCAUUCCACCUGUGCACAUCCGUCGGUAGCUUGACUGUGUAAAUGUGUGCGCGCCGAGGAAAAAAGAUCAACGAAGGUAUGAACGCGUGUAUGCAGCAAUUCGCCGCUGGAGGCGAGGCAAGGUCGAUUAAUUAAUUCACGAGAACAUCACAGUCAUAGAAGUGCACGUUCGCACGUAAAUGUUCACGUGUACUUGUGGGUUUGUUACACGUUAAUGCUAUUCAUGGAAUGAGCCUGAAUCUGCAUGUGUUUAACAUAUUAUAACAUUUGAUGGGAUGCACUCCGUUGUUGGAAUAGUUGCGUGCCGGCGGUGAUUGCACGCGUUUCGUGUCGUCGUAGGUCAGUGUCAAAAUAUUCUAUUGUAUUACAUUUUUUAUGGAAUCUUCCGCCGGCAGUGUCUUAAAAUUUAAUUUAUAUUCUAUAUUACACGCUUGAUGCUGUUACCACAUGUGGCCAGUAAUGUGAAGUGUGAUUGUUCAAUCUUGUGCGCAUUAUACGGGCGUUUAGAGAGUUUAAGUCGAGAUGCGGUAACGGUAGCGAUUUUCCAGUAAAUUAACUCUCGCGCUGGUGCGAUGCUCUCCUACGCUCUUGAACAAUUCAACGACCACAAGCGGAAUCCUGCCUAAACUGGAAAACACUUUACCGUUUUACCAAUUUUGUGUUAUAAGUCGUGUAUUGAUUUAUUUCGUAUCGUUUCGAAAGAAUCUAACCUGUUACACGUAUUUCGCAUUAUUCUUUCCACGUUUCGUUGCUUCCUGUAUCCAUAUAUACAGUUGCAUCAGUAGCAACGAAUGUGGGUGCAAUUAGUGAACUCACCACGCUUACACAAAAUUGGUUAAAUUAAUGGCACAUGUACUCCACAACGUCUCAAAAUUCGAUUGUAACAAAAGAUCGAUAAUGUCCGACGAAGACCCGAGGAUCACACGCGUGCAAUUUGACGCGUCCCCCGUGUGCAUGAUGAGCAGGGACGAGUCGCACAUCAGAGAUAAACUCAUCAUGCUCGCCGAGUCGACGAAGCCGUUCAACGUCAAGCGCAAGUCGAUCACUAAGCAAAUGUCGAAGGGCUCAAGCGGCAAACUUAGUAUGCAGGAUUUCGUGCGAAUGGAUCCAUCCUAUACGCCGGACAUCGAACACCUGGUGUUUCCGAGCCGGAAGCGCAAUCCUCAACAGGUCGCGCCCGCAAUUAUACAAUCUUCGGCGAGUAAGACGCGCUCGCGACUUGCUGAAAUGUUUGCGCUCAGUCGUCACCUCCAGCAACGGUCCGCUGACAGGGAGACGUCGAAAUCGACCCGGAAGGCGAGCGCCGCAGUCGCUAUCAACCGGAGCGUGGACAGCAUGCUGGAGACGCCGCGUGACAGCGGUAUCGGCAGCAGCAGCGCGGGCAGCACGAGCAGCAGGAGGGGGGCAAGGGCCGUGGGUGCCAACUGCAACAAUCUGCGCUUUACGCGGUGCGUUUUAAUUUCGACAAACGAGGCUAAGGCGACCGAAUAUUAUUCGUUAUAA